CUUGAAGUGAUCGUCGCCUAUGAUGAUCCGCGAUUUGAAGAAGUUCGAGACCCAACAACCUCAUAAGACAUCAUCGAAGGCUUACAAUUUCUGUUGUGAGCAACAGCGUGGCGAGCUUGCAUAGCAAAGCCGUGCCGAGUCGCGACGUGACGUCCUUGUGUACACUUUCUCGCCUGUUUCCAACAUUGCGACACCUUGUUCGAACGACUACACCAACAUCUCAUCGUCAUAAUGUCUUCUUCAAAGACUGAGGACCACCAGGAGAAUUCAGAUGACUUGCCCAUGAUCAACAAAGUCUAUAACUCAACAGCUCAGAUGGCAUCAACGUACUUCACGCUGCCCUCGUUCACCCGAGCAAAGCGCAAUCAGGAGGAAUUGCGUAAAAGUAACCCACAGGUCCCCGUGCUCAAGGAAGAGGACGAAAAAUUCCUAGAAAGACAGAUCGCCUCAAGUAGCCUUCCUGAUGAUGUACCAAAGACCAAGAUCACAGAUGAUGGCGAGGAGAAAAAAGCUGCAUCCUCGGAUCUGAACGCUGCCUCCGAAGAUGCGGUCGUUAUACCAGAGACACAACCCGACAACAAAGAAUCUACGAGCUCCGGCGAGACAUCAGCAGCAAGCAAGUCCGCCUCAUCACCAAAAUCGAGCAAGAAAGACUUCGGUCUUCCAAGCCAAGAGGAAGCCGAAGCAGCCACCAAAAACUGGGAUUCUGCCUUCGAAAAGGGCCAAAAGUCGGGCGAUGGCUCCUCAUCGACGGCAAAACGCACAUGGGCCUCGUAUUUGGUACCAGGCUCCAAGAAAGACACCAAACCCUCCGGUGACGAGCCCGCAGCUGCCACCGAUGCUAAUGCGAGCGAGCCAUCUGGCAGCAAGACACCACAACGCACAUGGGCCGAAUAUGCCAACACAUAUGUGCCGAGUAACCUGCCAUCUCUUCCUACUCUACCAACGACCUUGAAAUUCAAGAAAUCCUCAAAAUCUGAUCCGGAUGCUCAAGCAUCUCCCGUACUCAACAAAGAUGGUACCGUCGACGAUGCUGCCACUGCCGAAAAGCAGGAUAGAGAGGUUACAAUUCUACUCGACAACAUGAACAUGUCGACUUUGAACAACCGGGUGUUUGCUCUGUCAGCUGAGACUCAAAAGAUUUACGACCGCUUCGCGCAAGUCCUCAAGGACACGAUCAAUGGUGUACCGACUGCGUACGAGGAUAUGGAUAAGCUUAUGCGCGAGGCGGGCCCUACGAUUGAGAAACAGUACAAAGCUAUGCCGCCAUUUGUCCAGAGCCUUGUGAAGACUCUACCAGCUAAGCUGAGCACCUCUUUGGCUCCAGAGGUAUUGUCGAGUAUUGUGGCGGAGAAGCCCGGAGCAGAUCUAAAGGCAGCAGAGAAGGGCAAAGCUGGCGCUGCGUCAACCGGCGGAAAGAAUGCCAAGGGAAAGAGCAAGCGUCGCGUGCCCGGCUUGAAGAAUCUGGUCGCACAACAAGGCGCAGUGGCGGGAAUUCUGAGGAAUGUCGUGACCUUUCUGCGCGUUCGCUUCCCGCUUUUGGCGUCGGGAACGAAUGUGGUGAUGUCGCUUGCAGUAUUCAUUCUCAUGUUUGUGUUCUACUACUGCCACAAGCGCGGCAAAGAAGUCCGUGUGGAAAGGGAGAAGGCCGCAGCGGAUGCCGCCUUGGAGGUUGAUGGCCAGGCUGACGAGGAAGAUUCGUUCACGGCUGAAGACGACGAAGAUGAGGAUGAAGAUGAGGAUGACGAGGUCGAUAAGGACGAUGAGGAAUGGCAAGCUCGCCUUGAGGAGUCUGAAGCGGCGCAUGUACCGCUGCCCACACCUAAGCCCGUGAGCGAUGGCACGGGCAACGAACCCGAGAAGCUGUGAAUCGUAUACUUGCGAUGAUGCCACCGUUAGACACUGCUUUGAUUAUGAUCAUGGAUUCGUGUGGUCGAUGUGGUCGGAAUGCGAAGGUGGAUAAUUCUUUACUAUUUCGGGAUUGUUCCCGUAACUCCUGGAGCAAAGAAUUGGGCCCCGAUAUUGGAGCUCCGAGUCUGCAUAGUCUCAGCACUCUUGGCAAUUGAUGGGCAAGGGCGCAAACAGAGCAUAGGCGGUGCUCAUCCAUACUGAACUGCCUCGAUAAUCAUUCAGGAGUUAGGCUUGGGGUCGCAUUACCCGCCUUGGGCCUCUUUCGGAGGACGACGUGCACCUGCUCAUCUAUCUAAUCUUUCUCAUUCGAGCUCACAUGAAUAUGUCUAUCUCAACAGUGUCCUCGAAUCCUCAAUACGCUAUGG